UGUCUGUGAGUUCGAGGCCAGCCUGGUCUACAGAGUUCCAGGACAGUCAGAGCUGUUACUCAGAGAAACCCUGUAUUGAAACAAACAAACAAAAAUCUCAGUGUUUUUUCUUUGAGAGCAGCUGUCAUAAACAUGGAAUAUCAAAGCACUUCAUCAAAUGUAAAUCUGACCUAUUUGCUACAGCCAGUAUUAGGGCUGGUAUUAGAGAUCGUGGCAAUUAAUACCAAUAUAUAGUACUUAGGGCAGAUGGAGUGUAAAAAUUGUGGAGAAAAAAAGUAUUAUAGAAAGUAUAGAAGAGGAGUGAAGACCUUGGAAGUGGAAAAAUUAUCCAAUUCACAAGAAACUGGAAAAAAAAACCUAGUCCUGUGUUAGUAUUCAUUAUUGCUAAGUGGUUUACAAAUAACACAUUUGUUGACUUCUUGGUGGAGGUUUGUUUCUCUUUUAUAAUCUUUACCGGCAACUUUUAAGACAGAUUUUUAGAUUUUUCUUAAAUUUUGGUGGAGAAUGGGAGUUUAAUGUAAAUCCUGGGGCAGAAUGCCUUUAAUCGGCCAUCUUUCUGCUGUAUUCUUGAGGAAGGCAAUAGCACGUAUACAACGCAAGGUGGCGCUGCAGGCUAAAAAGAGGAAAGGGAAGAGACGGGAAGUGGGGAACCGCACAAAGAAUAGUCUAGGUUUCCGACAAAGCCAUAGGAAAUGAUAUAACGGCAGCAAGCGCUGGGAUACGGUGCCUCUCUCCUUUCACAGGAAUUGCUAGUGUCCAGAUCAUUCCUAAGGAUUCCAAGCUGCUUGCAUUCCAGGGAGCUGCUUGAGGCUAAGCAGAAGGAUUUUUGUUUUUAUUUUGAACGUCUGAGAAAGAAUGGAGGCCAGAUUGGAGCGAGCUGUGCAGAAAAGGCAAGUACUGUUUCUUUGUGUAUUUCUGGGAGCGUCCUGGGCUGGCGCCGAACAGCUUCAGUAUUUUGUGGAGGAGGAAACGGAGAGAGGGACGCCCCUGGCCAAUCUAGCUAAGGAUUUGGGGUUGGGGCUGGGGGAACUGUCAGCUCGAGGGGCUAGAAUUGUUUCAGACCGGAACACGGGGUUUUUACUGCUCAGUUCGCUUACGGGGGACUUAAUUCUAAAUGAAAAGCUGGACCGGGAGGAACUGUGCGGCCCCACGGAGCCCUGUGUGAUGACUUUCCAGUUGCUGUUGGAAAAUCCAUUUCAGAUUCAUCGGGCUGCGCUGCAUGUCAGAGAUAUAAAUGAUAAUUCCCCAGUAUUUCUAGACAAGGAAAUUCCCUUGAAAAUAUCAGAAAGCACAACUCCGGGGGCGACGUUUCUCUUGGAGAGGGCGCAGGAUUCCGAUGUGGGGACGAACGGCCUGAGUAACUACAUCAUCAGUCCCAACGCGUAUUUCCACAUUGACGUGCAUGGUGGAGGGGAGGGCACUGUCUUUCCCGAACUGGUACUGGAUCAAACGCUGGACCGAGAAGAAACAGCAGAGGUCACUUUAACGCUCACAGCCUUAGAUGGUGGAUCUCCGCCCAGAUCCGGGACAGCCCUGGUUCGAAUCCUGGUGUUAGACAUAAAUGACAACUCGCCCGAGUUCGUGCAGUCCCUCUACAGAGUACAGCUACCUGAAAACACCCCGGUUGGCUCCUUGGUUGUUGCUGUGUCCGCCAGGGAUUUAGACACGGGAAGUUACGGACAGAUAGCAUACGCGUUUUUCUAUGCCACUGAAAGAAUUCUCCAAACGUUUCAAAUCAAUUCUACAACCGGCCAUCUUUAUCUUAAAGCUGAGCUCGACUACGAAGCAAUUCAGACUUACUCGAUAACUAUACAGGCCAAAGAUAGCGGGGGACUUUCUGGAAAGUGCACUGUGGUUGUGGAGGUACUGGAUGUAAAUGAUAACCCACCUGAACUUCUCAUGUCUUCGCUUACUAGCCCAAUUGCUGAAAACUCACCAGAGACGGUCGUUGCUGUUUUUAGAAUUAGAGACAGAGAUUCAGGAAACAAUGGGAAAACCAUGUGCUCCAUUCCACAUGAUCUCCCUUUUGUCCUGAAGCCAUCCGUGGAAAAUUUCUAUACUUUAGUAACAGAGAUGCCUUUAGAUAGGGAAUCGCACUCUGAGUACAACAUCACCAUCACAGUCACCGACAUGGGCUCACCCAGGCUCACAACACAGCACACCAUAACAGUGCAGGUGUCCGAUGUCAACGACAACGCCCCAGCCUUCACACAAACCUCCUACACCCUAUUUGUCCAGGAGAACAACAGCCCCGCCCUGCACAUAGGCACCAUCAGCGCCACAGACUCAGACUCAGGCUCCAAUGCCCACAUCACAUACUCGCUCCUGCCCACCCACAACCCGCAGCUGGCCCUCGCCUCUCUAAUCUCCAUCAAUGCUGACAACGGGCAACUGUUCGCGCUCAGGGCGCUGGACUAUGAGGACCUGCAAACCUUCGAGUUCCACGUGGGCGCCACAGACCAAGGCUCUCCUGCGCUCAGCAGCCAGGCACUGGUGCAAGUGCUGGUGCUGGACGCCAACGACAAUGCGCCCUUCGUGCUCUACCCGCUGCAGAACGCCUCUGCACCCUACACAGAGCUGCUGCCCAGGGCGGCAGAGCCAGGCUACCUGGUCACCAAGGUGGUGGCAGUGGACCGCGACUCUGGACAGAAUGCCUGGUUGUCAUUCCAGCUGCUCAAGGCCACAGAGCCUGGGCUGUUCAGCGUGUGGGCUCACAAUGGCGAGGUGCGCACCUCCAGGCUGCUGAGUGAGCGCGAUGCUCCCAAGCACAGGCUGCUGCUGCUGGUCAAAGACAAUGGAGAUCCUCCAAGGUCUGCCAGUGUCACUCUGCAUGUGCUGCUGGUGGAUGGCUUCUCUCAGCCCUACCUGCCUCUGCCAGAGGUGGCGCGCGACCCCGCCCAGGACAAUGACGACUUGCUCACACUGUACCUGGUCAUUGCCUUGGCUUCUGUGUCUUCCAUCUUCCUGUUGUCUGUGCUGCUGUUCGUGGGGGUGAGACUGUGCAGGAGGGCUAGGGGGGCCUCUCUGGGUGGCUGCUCUGUGCCUGAGGGACACUUUCCUGGCCACCUGGUGGAUGUCAGCGGCGCCGGAACCCUGUCCCAGGGCUACCAGUAUGAGGUGUGUCUGAGGGGAGACUCUGGGACAGGUGAGUUCAAAUUCCUGAAACCAAUUUUACCUAAUUUCCAAGACCAUCCUCUUGGAUCAGAAAUUGGAGGAAAUUCCAACUGUAGGAACGACUUGGGUUUCGGCAUUCAGUUAAAAUAACUUUUGUUUUUAACAUGGGUAGUGUUUUUUGUUGGAAACUCAAACUACUGUUCUUGCUGUGCCCAUUUUGAAAAUUUGAAUGAAUUUUCAGCAUGAAAUUUCAGCACGCUGAAAACUUGUUUUCAGGAUAUUCUGGCCAUGGUUUUAGUGAGAGUACCUCGUCUUUUCUCCAGAGUGGAAGAUGCAGUGUUCUAGUCUUGUCUCUCUAAUGUGUCACUAGUUGUACAAAUCCUUGUUCUACAAUAGUUUAGGAAUGAAUAUACAAGAGAAGAGAUGGAAAAUCAGUUCAACCCAAUCAGAUGCGGUUUAGUGUGUGUUCUGUUCCCAGUUGUGAGCCAUCGAGAACAUACUCCAUGGCAUUGCUCAAACGCCUCGAAAUCUAAUCAGAAAGGGGGAAAGACGAGGCGCUGGCUUGUGCUUUAUUCAGCCUCCACUGGACCAACUUCUUUGUUGGUGUUUUCUCUUAAAAAUGUUACAUAGCUGCAUGGCUCUCCUUUUGCCCAUUAUUGUUUUUAAUAUCACGAUUUUAAACUGCUUUCCACAGUGCUUCGUUGGUGUUGAGGGUUCAGAAAUCUGCCUUAUUUACCUGCUAAGCUGAAAUAGCAUGGCCGUAAAAUUGACUUUUCUCUUCUGAGAAAUGUUGGCCAGUGGGGGAAAAAAACUGUUCCUGACAAUAUUCAUUCUUUCUCCACCCUGCCCACCCCCCUUCUUCACUGUCGGAUUUCAAAUUCCAUUCUGGCUAUUUGUAUGCUUAGUCAAAAGAAUACAUUUUCACAGUCUUCUUUGGCAAAUAGAUCUGGGCACAUGGCUGGGGUAUAGUGAGAUGUAAAAAGAAGCAGCUUCCAAAGCCUUUCAGUUGAGGAUAAACCCAGGGCCCCAUGCAUGCUAAGUAAGGACGGUAUCACUGAUAUAGGACUGCAAACCUUCAUGAACACUUUCAAAGGGAGAUAUCUCACCUGACAGGGGAUUCCCACCUUUUCAACCCUUUAAUGUGGUUCUUGACUUGUGGAUCUCGACACCUCUGGGGUCGUAUACUAUAUCAGAUAUCCUGCCUAUCAGAUAUAUACAUUAAUAUUCAUAACAGCAGCAAGAUUACAGUUAUGAAGUAGCAACAAAAUAAUAUUAUGGUUGGAGGAUCACCACACAAGAAACUCUACUAAAUUGUCACGGAAUUAUUAAGAAGGUUGAGAAUCACUGCUUUAAAACUAUGUUCUCCUUGGGAUGUGUAUGGUAUGAUGAGUGCACAUGUAGGAUCUAUGAUAGGAAUGGUGGGCUGAAAUAGUAUGGAAUAAACUUAAUAGAGAUGGGGUCCUGGAUGACUCAGGAGUUCUCAUAUUAUUCCCUCUGUUGCCAAUUUCUAAUUGUACAUAGAUGUGUCUGCAUGUGGGUAUGUACAUAUGGGUUCAGGUACCCUCAGAACCAUUAGAUCUCUUUGAUCUGGAGUCACAAGGGGCCCUGAGCUGAGAACCAAAUUCAGGUCCUCUACAAAAGCAACAAGUACUCUUAGCCACAGAGCAGUCUCUCCAGUCCCUACAUUUAUUAUGUUUUAAAUCUUUUCAUAAACCCCCUAUGUGAGUUAGCAAUUAUUCGUGUGUGUGUGUGUGUGUGUGUGUGUGUGUGUGUGUGUGUGUGUGUGUGUUUAGGAAUACCACCUCCUAUCAAAUGAAGAUAUAUAAAGAUUGCUAUAACAAGAGUUUAGGCCUCAUUGGUUUGAGGAAUCCAGUUAACAACUUCUGGAGCAAUUAGCAAAAAUGAUGAAUUAGUAAGGGUCUCAGUGUGUGUGUAGACUGGAGUUCAAACCCUGAGUUGCACACAUGCUAAAUGUGCUCUAUCACUGAACUUCCUGCUCUGCCCAUCAUGAAUUUUCACUGCAACUCAAUUCAAAUUAUGGAAACAGAAAAUCUAAACAAAAGAAUACAAAGAUUAUCCAGGCUUUCAAUAUAGAAUGUAAGCUCUAUCUUUAAAUUUAAAUAGAAUCUAAUAGAAUAAAUUUAAAUUUAAAAAAAAGAAAAAAAUUAAAUUUAUUGUUAAACUGUCACAACUCAAUUAUUGAAUGAUGAACAAUUUAAUUAAAAAUAAGCAAAAACCAGAAUAUUUUUCCAAGAAGAUAUGUCCAUGGUUAAUGUGCACCCGAAAAGCUGUUACAACAUCGCUCAUCAAAUCAACAUCACAGCAAGAUGCUUGGACCUCCCAGGAUGGCGAGGACCAAAGCGUCAGAUCAGUGUUGGGAGGAUGUCAUAAUUUUGAAACCCUGUCACACAGCUCAUGAAAUGUAAAAUGCUGCAGCCAUUUUCAAAAACAGCCUGUCAAUUUUUCAAAUGGGUAACAUACAGCUAUCAUGUGGUAAGCAAUUCAGCUCCUAGAUAAAUAAUGUAUGUUCCAUAAAAUAUGUACAUGAGCUGGGAGGUAGUGGCACUUGCUUUUAGGGAGCCAGAGGCAGGUGGACCUGAGUUCAAGGCCAGUCUAGUCUACAGGGUGAGUUCCAGGACAGCCAGGGCUACAGAGAGAAACCCUGUCUCACGCACAUACAUAUGGGAGUCUUCAUAGUAACAUUUCUCAGAAAAGCAAAAGGGUAGAAACAUUCCAAAUGCCCAAAUAAACGUGAGCCUGCUACAGUCAGAAAAAAUAAUAAAAAUACUGACACAUGCCAGAGUUUGGAUGAACCUUGAAAGCAUCAGGCCAAGGGAGGGAAGCUGACCUCAGAAGUCCACAUAUUCUGUCAUUCUACUCGUAUGGAAGUCUACAAUAGAGGACUCCAUAGAAAUCAAAAAAGGAGACUGAUUAUUCCUUUGGGCUCUGCCUAGGAAAAAGAGGAAAUACUAAGAUGGGAGUUAAGGGAUGUGAGGUUCUUCUUUGGUGUAAGAUAUAUGCUCCAAAACUGAUGGAUGCACCACUUUGUGUAUAUGAUAAAGAGCUCCAAGCUUUACUUUAAAUGGACGUGUUUAAGUGUGUGUUAUAUUCCAAAGCUGUAUAUUACAAGACACAGGCAUUCUUCAUGCCAAAUAUAAAAACCAAUCCAGGUCCACAUAUGUCUUUUUAUGAAAUAAUUUUGUGGUAAUUGAACGUUGGGAAAACCCACCAUUCUUUCCUUGGAUGUUGGAGAGAAGACGGAGUCCAUGCCUUCUUUAAUAAAGCAUGUCUACAUUCUGUAGAAUUCACUGGUUGAAAUUAUUGCAUUGCCCACUCAUUUCUAGCUCCGUGGUGUGCAUGACGAAAAAUAUGUGCCUGUGAAACAUUCCCCAUGCUAUUUUUGAGACUUUGCCCCUCAAUGCAAAUGUUGAUUCCACUAUCUUACGUCAUUGACUCAUCGGCAGCAUUAAAUACUCAAUACCGUGAAUGAAAAUUUACUUUUGUAUUUUGUUUUAUGCAAUACCUCAGUGUUUUAUUUAUACGCACAAAAGCAACUUGAAAAGAAGUUAGUGAUUCGCAUUAUAUAGUUUAGUCCAUAUGUCUUGGAGAAUUUUGUCUCCUGUUAAAUCUGAACAUGUAAGGCUCCGUGAGGCCGCGCGGUGGCGCUGCAGGUUAAGAAGACAGAGCACAGGAACUGCUUCUGCGAUCUCCUCCGGGCCAGUUUCUCACCACCUAGAAGCAAAAGACGCGCUUUCUUCAGCCAAAGCAAGGGCGAGUGUAAAACCUUAAAUAUUCUAUUUGGAGGCUUGAUUCUGACGUUCUGGACUGUGAGACGGUGCUGUCCGGAUCCUGGGCAUAGGCGAAGCUACUGUGAAGCAAACAGGAAAGAG